AUGGCUUAAAAGAGCUAGCUCCGUAUAAACAGGGGAAGAAAAGCUAACUCAUUCCUACCAUUCAUUGUCGAGUUUUUAUUUGGUCUCUACAAAGUCUUUGGUGCAUAUUAACAUAAUGUCCCGAGGAAGUAGUGCAGGCUUUGAUAGACACAUUACUAUAUUUUCACCGGAGGGAAGACUUUAUCAAGUUGAAUAUGCUUUUAAAGCAAUAAAUCAAGGUGGACUUACUUCAGUAGCAAUCAGAGGAAAGGACUGUGCUGUGGUGGUAACACAGAAAAAAGUGCCUGAUAAGUUAUUGGAUGCAGACACAGUAACUCAUCUCUUUCAACUGACAGAAAACCUGGGAUGUGUUAUGACCGGCAUGGUUGCUGACAGUAGGUCUCAGGUGCAGCGAGCCAGAUAUGAAGCAGCAAAAUGGAAAUAUAAUUAUGGUUAUGAAAUCCCAGUGGAUGUUCUAUGUAAAAGGAUUGCUGACAUAUCUCAAGUCUAUACACAAAGUGCAGAAAUGAGGCCACUUGGGUGCAGUAUGAUUAUGGUAGGAUUUGAUGCAGAGUAUGGACCUCAGGUAUUUAAAGCAGACCCUGCAGGCUACUACUCGGGUUACAAAGCCACAGCAGCUGGAGUCAAACAGCUAGAAGCCAACAGCUUUCUGGAAAAGAAAAUCAAGAAAAAGCAAGACUUUACGUACAAUGAAGCUGUGGAGGUGGCCAUAACCUGCCUAUCCACAGUCCUGUCUGCUGACUUCAAGUCAUCCGAGAUAGAAGUGGGCGUGGUCACUGCAGAGAACCCUCACUUUAAAAAAUUAACGGAAGAGGAAAUAGACCAGCAUCUUGUGGCCAUUGCUGAGAAGGACUGAUAGAUAGCCAAGAUAUAGACUGACAUUUCCGUGAAGCUUAGGAAAAUAAAAAUACAUAGACAACUAUCAUUUCUCCUGAAAAUGCCACUUUUUGUGACAAUUCUUGUCUGAAUACAACUCAUUCACCUUC